AACUUCCGGUUGGCUAUUUGUGUACGAGAGACGGGAACGCACACUGUUGUUCUUUUCACCUUUCGGUUUGGCAAAUCGUCGACUUGAGAUUUGAAUGCUUGCGGUAUUUAUCGGUCAAGAACACUUAUACUAAGAUGUCGGACGACUUGGUGAAACAGUUGAGCAGCUAUAAAGCUCAGCUACAGCAAGUAGAAGUUGCCUUAUCUACCGACCCAGAUAAUGAAGACCUCCUCAAACUUCAGAAAGACUUACAGGAAGUCAUCGAUUUGACAAAAGACCUCCUGACCUCACAGCCCACUGAAAGUGCUUCCAGUACCAAUGGCGCAGACACAGUGCCCCUGAAGCAUGCCUGGAAAGUGGGGGACAACUGUAUGGCUGUGUGGAAUCAGGAUGGACAGGUGUAUGAGGCUGAGAUUGAGGAGAUAGACCGGGAGAACGGCACUGCAGCAGUUACCUUUGCUGGGUACGGGAAUGCUGAAGUGAUUCCUCUGCAGAACCUCAGACCAGCUGAGGAGGGGAAACGCUCUGACGAGGACGGUCUAAAGCCAAAAUCAAGGAAAGAGCAGAUAGCAGAGCAGAGUGAGUAUAAGAAGAAGAAGGCACAGAAGAAGGUGCAGAGGAUGAAGGAAUUGGAGCAAGAGAGGGAGGAACAGAAGUCAAAGUGGCAACAGUUCAACAACAAAGCCUACUCAAAGAACAAGAAAGGACAGGUAAAGAGGAGCAUAUUUGCGUCUCCAGAAAGCGUCAAUGGGAAGGUGGGAGUGGGAACAUGUGGUAUUGCAGACAAGCCAAUGACCCAGUACCAUGACACAUCAAAAUACAACGUCAGACAUCUAAUGCCACAAUGACCUGAUAUAUUCUGUAUAUAUUAAUCCACUGUAUACUAGCUGUAUCAGUGUUUUCCAUUGUGUUUAUACAUGAUUUCUGUUUUCCAAGUAAAGAAAGCUUUGAAAGGAUUUGCUUGCACACCAUUGUUUGAAAUAUUGAUGUAGUUUUCUUAUAUAUUAUGUAGGUACAAGUACAACAACAAAAAAAAUCCAAAUAGGGGGGAUUUUUCCCUGCACUGGAUCAAGGUCACCUGUUAUGUAAGAACAGGAAGUGGUGUUGUAGAGAAGCCGUACAGUUUACUGUCUGUGUCCAGAUUCCACUGAUGCCAAAUGCCUGCUAAGUUGAGAAUAAAUAUACACCAGCAGAUUUGGUUUGUAAAUUUAAAUCUUGGUUUUAAACACUGACCCGUUGUGGGCGGGGGAGUCUGACAUCAGUGAUGGUGUUGAUUUGACAUGGCUGAAUUUCCAUUUUAAUUUCUGUGUAUAUAACAGUGAAAUAAACAUUGUUUUGUUUUCAGUUUUUUAAAUAAUUGCUUCCACCUCAUUUUGACUGUUUUGACAUUACAUUUUCAUUGUGGCUCUGUCAGGUCCUGUAGGUGGCAGUAAAGACUUGUACCAUUAUUAAUAAAAUCGAGCAGCAUGCUGCAACUGUUGAUACAACCGUUUUCACAAAAGUCA